CGAUACUAAACCGGAAAAACAACAACGUUAGGCAACAUGCUCGUUAGCCAAUGGGGGGUCGUCGCUAACUCCUAGGAGGUUAAGCAUAUGUUAUGUUCUGUUAUAGAGCCUUAGAGCUCCAACAAUAUACAAAUGACAGCUAGGCUACUGGUGGUCUAUCAGUGAGACCGCUAGCGUAGCAGUUUGUUUACGAAGCAGUUAGUUAGCCUAGUAGUAUUUAGCUUUCGGCUAGCUAGCGUCUCGGCUAGCCUAGCCUUCAGUACCAUAACAUGGAUCUAUUUGAAGAUCUUCCAGAGCCAAGCUGUGCGCCCACAGAGCUCCCAACUCGGCCAGACGCAAAGAGGAGACGCCAGGAGGAGGAGGAGGAGGUCCAGCUGGAGAGGAAGAAAGUUUGUAACAAAGGGGUCCCGGUGCUUAGGGGCUACGUAGGGUCGAGGCAGGGGGAAAGGGAUGAGAUGCAGGACGCUCAUGUUGUCCUCCCUGACCUGACAGAGCAUCUUACCACUCCACCCACCCAGGUUUGUGGCGUCUCGUACUUCGCGGUGUUUGAUGGCCACGGAGGAGCUAGAGCGUCGCGCUACGCCGCGGAGAGCCUCCACCUCAACCUGGCUCGCACGUUCCCCCGCAGGAGCUCUGAGAAUCUGGACAAACUGAUAAAGAAAUGUCUCCUGGAUUCCUUCCGGCAGACGGACGAGGACUUCCUCAAGAAAGCAUCCAGCCAGAAGCCUGUGUGGAAAGAUGGCUGUACCGCCACCUGUCUGCUGGUGGUCCAAAACACAGCCUACAUAGCCAACCUGGGCGACAGCAGGGCGGUGUUGUGUCGGAUGGAGGAGGAGGGUGAGGAGCGGAGGGUGGUGUCGCGGGCUCUGAGUAGAGAACACAACCCCACCCUCUACGAAGAGCGAAUCAGAAUCCAGAGAGCAGGAGGCACCGUCAGGGAGGGCAGGGUCCUGGGUAUACUGGAGGUCUCUCGGUCGCUAGGAGACGGUCAGUACAAACGCUGUGGAGUCAUCUCCACCCCGGACCUCCGGAGGUGCAGUCUCACCUCCGCAGACAGGUUUAUCCUGCUAGCCUGUGAUGGACUCUUUAAGGUGUUUACUGCUGAGGAAGCUGUUAAAUAUGUCUUCGGUCUGCUGCAGGAGGAUGGCUCAGGGACCAAUGAGGAGGGCCGAUAUGAAGCUGCUUGCCAGCGAUUGGCCAGCGAGGCAGUGAGGCGGGGCUGCGCUGACAACGUGACCGUGAUCCUGGUUUCUAUUGGCUUCUAAAGCCACACAAACACUCACAAACUGGCGUGUUCGAGUCAGUCACCUCAGUUUGUGGAGUGUUUCAGUUGAAGUGCUUCAGGUAGUGUCAGUUUCCUCACAGCUCCACUAUGUAAUCCUAUGUUCUUGUGUUUGAGGGACUGAAUGUGUUUUGAAUAAAAGCCACGUGUGUACGACAA